AAUAUGCGGCAUUCACCCAUUACAUUCAAAUACGUUAUGUAAUACUUUUUUUUCCCUUUCUCAUUCAUUCAUUCAUGUAUUACUCCAUCGUCCCUCUUUUGGUUUUGUUUUCUUCUUCAUCAUCCUCAUUGCAUCACCACCAUUGUGAGUACUUUCAUCACCGAUCAACAUGAAGGAUAAAGAUAAAAACAAAGACAAGGCAAACGAAACCGAGAAGAGAAAGUAUCCUACCGGCGCCAAACAUUACCUUCUCCACGAAGAGAUUGGACAAGGCGUUAGUGCUUCCGUUCGUCGUGCUAUUUGUGUUCCUUUCGACGAGGUCGUUGCCAUCAAGAUUCUCGACUUCGAACGUGACAGAUGUGAUCUGAAUAAUGUGUCUCGUGAAGCGCAAACGAUGGUACUAGUGGACCAUCCUAAUGUAUUGAAAUCAUAUUGUUCAUUCGUGAGCGAUCAUAAUCUCUGGGUUGUGAUGCCAUAUAUGGCGGGAGGUUCGUGUUUUCAUAUAUUGAAAGUUGCACAUCCUGAGGGAUUUGAAGAGGUUGUUAUUGCAACCAUACUUAAAGAGGUAUUGAAGGGUUUAAAGUAUCUUCAUCAUCAUGGUCAUAUUCAUCGAGAUGUUAAGGCUGGUAAUAUUUUGAUCGAUUCUCACGGUGCGGUUAAGCUCGGCGAUUUUGGUGUUUCGGCAUGUGUUUUUGAUUCCGGUGAUCGGCAACGGUCGAGGAAUUCUUUUGUUGGAACUCCUUGUUGGAUGGCACCUGAGGUUAUGGAGCAAUUGCAUGGCUAUAAUUUCAAAGCUGACAUUUGGUCAUUUGGCAUAACUGCAUUGGAGCUUGCCCACGGUCAUCCUCCCUUUUCAAAAUAUCCACCUUUGAAGGUACUACUUAUGACUUUGCAAAAUGCACCCCCUGGCCUUGACUACGAAAGUGAUAAGAAGUUCUCUAAGUCGUUUAAGAAGAUGAUUUCUUGUUGUUUGGUUAAAGAUCCUUCAAAACGAUCAUCUGCUAAAAAGUUGUUAAAGCAUUCCUUCUUUAAGCAAGCACGUUCCAGUGAUUAUAUUUCACACACACUUUUGGAGGGGUUGCCUGCUCUGGGUUCUCGCAUGAAGAUUCUAAAAGAUGCUUUAUCCUUCCAAUCCAUUUCUUCUAAUUUGAGAGCUAGAUCAAGAUCAUAUCGAGCUUUCCUUUCUUCCUCCUAAAGUUACCCAACAUAAUGGUCUUAAUGUAUUAUAUAUUUAUUUGUU